UACCUAUGGUCCGGGUCUGUCAUGUGACCGGGGUCCUUGGUGCUCGGGGAUGGAGGCGGAAGAGGGGACGCCGCUGUGGCGGCUGCAGAAGCUGCCUCCGGAGCGGGGCGCCCCGCUGCUUCACAAAAUAAUUGAUGGCAUGUGUGGCCGAGCUUAUCCUGCUCACCAGGAUUAUCACACCAUUUGGGAUUCAACCGAAUGGAAGCAUGUUCUGGAAGAUGUUACCACAUUCUUCAAAGCUGUAGUGGGCAAAAACUUUUCAGAUGAAGAGACACUCCAGCAAUUGAACCAACUGAAUUCAUGUCAUCAAGAAGCUGUUGUGAAAUGCUUGAAGAGUAGGAAGAAUGAGAUCAAACAGACCCUGUUAGGGGAAAUAGUUGAUAUUUCUUGUGCGCAGCUACAGGAUUUUGAUUGGCAGUUAAAGCUCGCGCUUUCUAGUGACAAGAUCGCCACUUUACAGAUGCCACUUUUAAACCUUCAUCUGGAUGUGAAGGAAAAUGGUGAGGUGAAACCACACUCCAUUGAAAUGAGUAAAGAGGAGCUACAGAAUCUAAUCACUUCCUUGGAGGCCGCUAAUAAGGUGGUCCUGCAGUUGAAGUGACUGGAAAUGGUGACUUUCAACACUAUCCGAUGUCGCUGCUCACCGCGGCGGAUCGAGUGCUCUGUUCAGAGGGGGGGUGCUGCAGCAGGCUGAGCAGGCAGCAGCGCUGAGAUUACAGAGGUGAAAGUCUGUCAGCAUCCCUAGCGAACAGGAAAUUGUAUGGCUGACAGGAAAUGCGUAGAACAAAAGAUGGAAAAGCUCAAGUCUCAGUUUGUGUUUUCGCAGUGAUUGUUUUGUCUCGCUUAUUAAGUAGUUGAGAACUCUAUAGAUAAGGCCUCAUUGAAAGGUAAAAAUAGGUUCUAGAGUAAUGUAAACACACAAAGCACAGACAUACAGGACUGUUGAUUGAAUUCGAAUAGCAAGCCAUGUAUUAUGAAUAUAGAAUUUGUGAUAUUGGAAAAUAAUGCUUUAAAGCCUGUAUAAGCUGCAUAUGUUACUCAGGAGGUUGCAUAUCUUUUCCUGUUGCAAAGAAAAGGUUUUAAGUUGUAAAGACUGUUAUCAGACAUGAACAAGAAAAUAUUUAAAAUUUGUGUGAAUAAUUUGAGAUUUAUGAAUUUUACGAACUAAAACAUAAACUACAAAAAAUGAAAAUAACAUUGUUAUUUCUCCACAUCCCCACCUCCUCGGGAGACUGUGGUCUGAGAAAAAGAUCAAGCUGUCAUUGAUGGCGUGGUGUACAUAUUGUUACUCACAUACAAAUUGGUUUUUAUACAUGCUUAAUAUGGAAUUUGAGCUUUUGGAUGGUAACUAAUUGUAAUACAAGCCAUUUUUCAUCUCAGCUAGCUUUACAAAUAAACCUUCUGAACAAA